ACCUUCUUCUAACUUGACUGCCUACACUUUGAUAAGAGCUGCAAAUUAAACAGUGCAAGAAGCAAAGAUGGCACGCCAAGUGAUUGUCCUUGCUCUCAUCUUUGUUGCCAUUUCCGGGGUUUUAGCACAAGAACCAACCUCCCCUUCAGGACCCUCACCGGCCAAUGCACCAGCCACAUCAUCAUCAUCAUCAGCUCCUUCUCCCGGCGCCUCUGAUGCUGCCGCUGCCACCCCUGCCUCAGCCCCAACCCCUGUUAGCGAUAUAUCUUCGCCACCUGCUCCUUCCCCUGCAGGCGGCGACACCGAGGAAGCUGCCCCCGGAAGCCAGGCCACCGAAGCUGAUGCGGCAGCUGCCCCAGAAGGCAUUGUCACAGCUGAGGGACCAGUAGACCCUUCAUCAGCUGAGGAAGAUUAUCCUGUCGAUGAUUUCUCUAGGCUUAUCAAGAACUGAGGAGUUUACCUCUAAUUAAUUUAUUCAUUCAUCAAGCUAAAUUUUGUUUAUAUUUAAUUGAAUAGAGUUCCCAUGCAAAGAUUUAUUUAUUAAUGGUACCUCUCUUGGACCACAAAAUAAUAAUAUAUCGAAGAUGAUCAAUGGGGCAACCUUGUUAUGCUAUACUA